ACAGUUAACAGCCGGACAGCAGUCAGCAUGCUGGGCUUUUUGAUACUGGUGUGGAUAUGCAUCGUCCUCCUCUUCCUCUUCAUCCAGAUCCCGAGGCCUAAGAACUUUCCUCCAGGACCUCGUCCUCUGCCAUUAUUUGGGAAUUUGCUGGAGCUCAAUAUCAACAAUCCUUUGAAAGACUUUGAGAGGCUCGCCAAUCGCUAUGGAAAUAUUUACAGUCUGUACUUCGGAUCAAAACCAUGGGUGGUUCUGAAUGGUUUUGAGGCUUUGAAGGAAGCUCUGGUUACUAAGGCUGUGGACUUUGCAGGACGCCCGCAGGACCUCAUGGUCAACCGUGUUACAAAAGGAGGCGGUGUCAUUCUGUCUGACUAUGGACCUAGUUGGAAAGAACAUAGACGCUUUGCUCUGAUGACCCUAAGAAACUUUGGCCUUGGAAAGCAAUCCAUGGAGGAGAGAAUUCUGGGAGAGGUUUCACACAUUAUUGAUAAAUUGGAAAAGAGAGUUGGAACCGCUUUUGAUCCUCAAACUAUGUUCCACAAUGCUGCAUCAAAUAUUAUCUGCAUUGUUCUGUUUGGAUCCCGGUAUGAUUACGACGAUGAAUUUCUCAAGCUUUUCAUUCACCUCUACACAGAGAAUGCAAAGAUUGCUAAUGGACCAUGGGCCAUGAUAUAUGAUACAUUUCCCAUGUUUAGAUAUCUGCCCCUGCCCUUUAGGAAGGCUUUUGCAAAUGCCAGCAAAGCCAGAGAAUUGUCUACACAACUGGUCAAGGAGCACAAAAAAACAUGGGUUCCAGGAGAGCCCAGAGACUUCAUUGACUGCUAUUUGGAUGAGCUGGAUAAGAGAGGAAAUGAUGGCUCCUCCUUUUCUGAAGCUCAACUUAUCCUGUACGUUCUGGAUUUGCACUUUGCAGGGACUGACACAACAUCCAACACCCUCCUCACAGGUUUUCUCUACCUCAUGACCCACCCAGAGGUUCAAGCAAAAUGCCAGCAAGAGAUUGAUGAUGUUCUGGAGGAUAAAGAUCAGGCAUCAUAUGAAGACAGACACAGUAUGCCGUACACACAAGCUGUGAUUCAUGAGGUUCAGCGCGUUGCAAACACUGUUCCACUAAGUGUGUUUCACUGCACUACAAAAGACACAGAGCUAAUGGGUUACAACAUUCCAAAGGGAACUUUUGUGAUUCCUAACCUCGGUUCUGCACUAAAAGAAGAAGGUCAGUGGAAGUUUCCUCAUGAGUUCAACCCUGCAAACUUCCUGAAUGAGCAGGGCGAGUUUGAGAAGCCUGAAGCCUUUGUGCCUUUUUCAGCAGGUCCACGUGUGUGUCUUGGUGAGGGUCUUGCACGUAUGGAGCUUUUCCUUGUCAUGGUCACUCUGUUGCGCCGUUUCCAGUUUGUGUGGCCGAAUGAUGCUGGGAAACCAGAUUAUACCCCUGUUUAUGGGGUCACCCUCACACCCCAGCCCUACAGAAUGCACAUCAAGCGCAGAGAGACUGUCAGAAUAUGAUUUGUAUGUUAAAUUUCUGUUGCACAAUUGCUUUGAUGUAAGUAUUUUAAAGAGACUGUAUGCAUCAUGACUGGUCGAAAACAUUAUAAAAAAGAAUUGUAAUGUAUCAUGAAAAAAGGCCUUGAAUAAAAGCUUAGCUGAUAAGUGUG